AUGCAUGAGGCCAACUGCGGAUUGGGGUUCUUAUUGGUUAUGGACACUGCUAUCUUGGGAUUGAAAUGGUUAGAUGCCCAUAAUCCAGAGAUUGAUUGGAAUCAACGCACCCUCUCCUUUCCCCAUGCACCACCAGAACAUGUAGCCAUUGCUGAAGAGGAGGAAGCUGAUCAAAACCCCCUUGAAGGAGUCCCUCCCAAAUACCAUCAAUACGCCAAGGUAUUUGGAGAGGAAGAGUUCAACAAGCUUCCCCCGCACCGGCAUUAUGACAUUGGGAUUGAGCUAACAGAAGAAGGCCCCUUGAACUCUCUGCUAUAUAGCAUGACUGACGCCAAAUCCGCCACGCUCAAAGAUUGGCUCAGGGAUGAACUCAAGGCAGGCAAGAUCCGUCCCAGUAAAUCUUCUAUCAGUUCCCCUGUAAUGUUUGUACCCAAGAAGGAUGGUUCCCGCCAUUUGGUUGUUGAUUAUUGCUGCCUUAACAACCGCACCAAGAAGAACAUCUACCUGCUUCCCUGUCCAGACAACCUCAUGGCCCAGCUUUGCGGUGCCAAGGUCUUUACUAAGCUAGACUUACGUUGGGGCUACAACAACGUACGGGUAAAAGAAGGUGACAAAUGGAAGACCGCAUUCCAAACUACUUAUGGCCUCUACAAAUCCCUGGUUAUGACCUUUGGCUUAACAAACGCCCCUGCCGCCUUUCAGCAUUUCAUGAACAAGCUAUUCAAGGAUUUGCUAGAUGUAUGCGUCAUCAUCUACCUUGAUGACAUCCUGAUAUACUCUAAGGAUGACGCAUCACACACGCAACACGUUCACAAGGUCCUGAAGCAACUAAUGGAGAACCAACUGUUCUGCAAGGCGUCCAAGUGCACAUUCCACGUUACCUCUGUGGAAUACCUGGGAAUCAUUGUCUCAGAUAAGGGUUUCAGCCUGGAUAAGCUCAAAAUCCAGGCGGUACAAGAAUGGCCGGUACCCACUAAGGUCAAAGAAGUCCAAUUGUUUCUAGGAUUUGCUAACUUCCUUUGUUGUUUUGUCGCCAACUUUAGCCACAUGGCUAGGCCGUUACAUAACCUAGUCAAGAAAGACACGCUGUGGAAGUGGGACACCAAGGAACAAGAAGCCUUCCAAGGAUUAAAGGUUGCCAUCACCAACGCCCCGGUUCUUUGCCACGCCGAUCCAUCCAGACCCUACUUCCUGGAAACAGAUGCCUCCGGCGCAGCUCUAGGCUCCAUACUCAGUCAACAACAGGAAGAUGGCCACUUGCACCCACUAGGGUUCCUAUCAGAGUCCUUCAAAGGUGCCAAACAGAACUACAACACCCACAAUAAGGAACUCCUUGCAAUCAUACAUUCCUUUGAGUACUGGCGGAUCUUCUUAGAAGGAACCAAGCACCCAAUCACCGUGUUUACCAACCACCGCAACCUAGAAUACUGGAAGGAAUCCCGCACAUUCAACCAACGCCACGCACAAUGGCACUUACUCCUUGCCGGGUAUAACUUCCAAAUUGUAUACAGGCCAGGUAAACAAUUGGGAAAACCAGAUGCCUUGUCACAACAAUUGGAUCACGCAGACAUCCCACCAGAACCCCAGUCUAUGUUGCCAGAUCCAGUGUUUGCCAACAUUGCCUUAGUUACACCGGAGAAAGAACUACAACGCCAGAUUGAGUCAUCCUUGGACCAGGACAAAUCACUGCAGGAAAUCCUCCAGUUCCUACAAAGCAAGUCCAAAGCACCCCCUUCCAUCAAACGUGCGUUCAAGGAUUACAAGAUGGAGGCUGGCCUACUUUUCUACCAAGGACGGAUUGUAGUCCCUGACGUUGGAACACUAAGGACGGACCUACUCUGCAUCUUCCACAACAGUCCCUUGGCAGGACACCCGGGAAGACAGUGUACCCUGGAGUUGGUAUCAAGAAGCUAUUAUUGGCCUGGCAUCCAAGCUGACACCUACUGGCAUGUGGAUUCCUGCAAAACUUGUCAACAAAUCAGGAAGCCCAAAUACGCGUCCAUUCCCCUUCAGCCUCUUGAACUCCCCGUCAGACCCUGGCAGCACGUGUCUUACAACAUGAUAGUAGACCUCCCUAAGGACAGAAGCAACAACUCUAUCCUAGUAAUUAUUGACAGCUUCACAAAGUACGUGUUGUGCACCACUGUAAGGUGGGCCCACGCUGGUGGAAUGGGCACUUAA